AUGGACUUGGCUGUAUCUUGGGCCCAUAACAAAGGACAUGCAGAAUGUGUUCAUCUUUCUGACCCCCCCGACUGGAGCCUGGAAGCAGCCUUCAGACUCUUUCUUUUGACGUGUGAGGUGGGCGUUGAAGGGCUGUACCGCUCCGUGGGUCUCUCAGCAGCCAAACUGCUGACUGAGUCAGGCUUGAAUGUGGUGGUGUUGGAAGCCAAUGACAGGGUUGGUGGAAGAACAUACACCAUAAGGAAUAAGCAAGUUAAAUAUGUGGACCUUGGAGGAGCUUACGUGGGGCCAACACAAAAUCGUCUCCUGCGGUUAUCUAAAGAGUUAGGAAUAGAGACUUAUAAAGUGAAUGAAGUUGAGCACCUGAUACACCAUGUCAAGGGUAAGUCUUACCCCUUUAAAGGUCCGUUCCCUCCUAUGUGGAAUCCAUUGGCCUACCUGGACUACAACAACCUAUGGAGGACCAUGGAUGAAAUGGGAAAGGAGAUUCCUAGUGAAGCCCCAUGGAAGGCUCCACAUGCAGAAGAAUGGGACAAAAUGACUAUGCAAGAUUUCAUAGAUAAAAUUUGCUGGACCAAUGCUGCCAAGAGUUUCGCAACUCUCUUUGUGAAUGUGGAUGUCACUUCUGAACCCCACGAGGUCUCUGCCCUGUGGUUUUUGUGGUACGUGAAGCAGUGUGGAGGGACAACGAGAAUAUUCGCAACAAGCAAUGGAGGGCAGGAGAGGAAGUUUGUUGGGGGCUCUGGCCAAAUCAGUGAAAAGAUAAUGGAGCGCCUGGGAAGCCGGGUGAAGCUGAGGAAGCCAGUUGUCCGCGUUGACCAGUCGGGUGAAAGUGUCAUAGUGGAAACCUUAGAUCAUGAAUUAUAUGAGGGCAAAUACGUGAUCAGUGCCAUUCCCCCGGCUCUUGGUUUGAAGAUUCAUUUCAACCCACCAUUACCCCCAAUGAGAAACCAGCUCAUCAAUCGAAUCCCCAUGGGCUCAGUCAUCAAGUGCAUUGUGUACUAUAAGGAAACUUUCUGGAGGAAGAAGGGGUAUUGCGGUACCAUGAUCAUUGAAGAUGAGGAUGCUGCAAUUGGUUUAACACUUGAUGAUACUAAGCCUGAUGGCAGUUUUCCUGCCAUAAUAGGCUUCAUCCUUGCUCGGAAGUGUAGAAGACUGACAGGUCUCACAAAAGAAGAAAGGAAGACGAGGCUGUGUGAGCUCUAUGCAAAGGUUCUGGGAUCAGAGGAAGCUUUACAUGCAGUGCAUUAUGAAGAGAAGAACUGGUGUGAAGAGCAGUAUUCUGGGGGCUGCUACACAGCCUACUUCCCACCGGGCAUAAUGACUCAGUAUGGAAGGAUUAUUCGGCAGCCCGUUGGCAGGAUCUAUUUCGCUGGCACAGAGACAGCCACAGAGUGGAGCGGAUACAUGGAGGGGGCUGUGCAGGCUGGAGAAAGAGCAGCCAGAGAGAUACUGUUUGCUAUGAGGAAAAUCCCAGACAGUGAAAUUUGGAAGCCAGAACCUGAAUCAAUUGAUGUUCCAGCUUUGCCCAUCACUACAACCUUCUGGGAGAGAAACUUGCCAUCUGUGCCAGGACUGCUAAAGCUGAUCGGAUUUUCCAUGUUCUUCACCUCUGUGGCUGUGGCUGGGUUAUUUGCCUACAAAAAGGGACUUCUAGUUCAAAACUGA